AUGGGUCAUUUAGAGAAUAAAAACAUGAUUCCAAAGUACGGAACUUGCCUCCAUCAUUACACGGACUCUCCGCCCAGUCAAUCCGCACCUCAUCUCCAUCUCCGAACGGAGUCAAAUCUAAUCAAAAAACUUAAUUUUUUUGACUGCAUUUACUGUCUAAUAUCUUAUCUUGAAUCUUCAACUAAACCAGACUUGUCCCCUAAGUCAAUCCACAGACGAGCAGCCAUGUCUUAUAGAGCAGGAAAAACCAUCUUAGCUUCCACCAUAGCUAAGAAAUACUCCGAAGAAUUGACCUCAGUUACUAGCAAGAUGGCCACCAAACCUAAACUUGUUGGCUUACUGGGUAAUCAGGAUCCAGCCGCUAAAACUUACGCAGAGUGGACUGCACGUACUUGUGAAUCCCUGGGAUUCCAAUAUGAACUGAUCCAAUGCCCCAAGGAAAACUUGGAGGACGAAAUAUACAAAUGUAACCAAGAUGACGCUGUUAACGGUAUAAUGGUGUACUUUCCUGUUUAUAACGAUGGCCAAGAUCAGUAUUUGCAGCAAUGUGUGUCUAUUGAGAAGGAUGUAGAGGGGCUAAACUUCAAGUAUGUCUCAAACAUGUACCACAAUAUCAGGUAUUUAGAUGCUCCAGAAAAUACCAAGAAAUCUAUCCUACCUUGUACACCCUUGGCGAUGGUCAAGAUUUUGGAGUACUUGGGGGUUUACAACACCUUACUACCAUACGGUAACAGGCUCUUUGGAAAAACUAUCACCAUUGUCAACCGAUCUGAAAUUGUGGGUCGUCCCUUAGCUGCGUUAUUGGCUAACGAUGGUGCUACAGUUUAUUCUGUGGAUAUAAACAAUGUCCAGAAAUUCGAACGAGGUGACGGGCUUCAAUUGAAAUCCCACCGUGUCGUUGAUACUGAGUUUGAGCUAAAAGACGUUGCACCAAAGUCCGAUGUUAUCAUCACUGGGGUACCAUCAUCAAAUUACAAAUUUCCUCUCGAGUAUGUCAAAGAUGGUGCUGUGGUGAUAAACUUUUCGUCAGAGAAGAACUUUGAUGACAGGAUUAAAGACAUUGCUAGUUUGUACGUUCCAUCUAUUGGAAAAGUGACGAUAGCUAUGCUGUUAAGAAAUUUACUGAGGUUGAUGAACAACAAGAAACCCCAUAGCGUAGAAGAAAUAUAG